AUGGGCUUUUCAAGUCCAGUGUGUGUCCUUUUCUUCUUUCUUGGAGUCAAAGUAUAUUGCCAGUAUGAAAGUUAUCAAUGGAAUGAAGAUUAUGACCAAGAACCAGAUGAUGUCUACCAACCAGAAUUCCAAUUUCAUCAAAAUGAAGAUUAUGGAGUUCCAUUUCAUCAGCAUACUUUAGGUUGUGCCAGUGAAUGCUUCUGUCCACCUAACUUUCCAUCAUCAAUGUACUGUGAUAAUCGCAAACUCAAGACUAUCCCAAAUAUUCCAGCAUACAUUCAGCAAGUUUAUCUUCAGUUUAAUGAAAUUGAGGUUGUGACUGCAGAUUCAUUCAUCAAUGCCACUCAUCUUAAAGAAAUCAACCUCAGCCACAACAAAAUUAAAUCUCAAAAUAUUGAUCAUGGUGUGUUUGCCAAAUUGUCAAAUCUACUACAACUCCACCUACAGCAUAACAAUUUAGAAGACUUUCCAUUUCCUCUUCCUAAGUCUUUGGAAAGGAUUCUUCUUGGUUACAAUCAGAUCUCCAGACUGCAGACAAAUGCUGUAAAUGGGCUAGUAAACUUGACCAUGCUUGAUCUUUGUUACAAUCAAAUUGAUGAUUCUACAUUACAAGAAAAAAUCCUUGCGAAAAUGGAAAAACUAAUGCAGCUUAACCUAUGUAAUAACAGAUUAGAAUCAAUGCCUCCUGGUUUGCCUUCUUCACUUAUGUAUCUGUCUUUAGAAAAUAAUUCAAUAUCUGCUAUACCAGAAAAUUACUUCAAAGAACUCCCAAAACUUCAUGCUCUAAGAAUGUCACACAAUAAACUACAAGACAUCCCUUAUUAUAUUUUUAAUCUUUCCAACCUUAUAGAGCUCAAUGUUGGACACAACAAACUGAAGCAAGCAUUCUAUAUUCCAAGAAAUUUAGAACACCUAUACCUAGAAAAUAAUGAAAUUGAAAAUAUCAAUGUCACAUUGAUGUGUCCAUCUGUUGACCCACUACAUUACCAUCAUUUAACAUACAUUCGUGUAGAUCAAAAUAAGCUAAAAGAGCCAAUAAGCUCAUACAUUUUCCUCUGCUUCCCUCAUAUACACACUAUUUAUUAUGGUGAACAAAGAAGCACUAAUGGUCAAACAAUACAACUGAAGACCCAGGUUUUCAGGAGAUUUCAAGAUGAUGGUGACAGUGAAGAUCACGAUGAUCACCAUGAAGCCCAAGAAGAAGGAACAGAAGAAAAUGUUGACCCUCACUAUUAUGGAAGUCAAGAAUGGCAAGAAACUAUAUAGGUAUACAUUUAUAACUUCACGAAAUCUUAUUAUUCAGUAUAAAUUUAACUAAAUAUGCAUAGCUCGUAGUAAUAUACCUGGAAUUCUGUACUAGUAUGAGAUCAAAUUGAAUUUAGGUUGUUGACAACAUUUGCAUCAUUACACAGGAUUAGAACUUACUCAAAAUGAUAUAAAUCUUUAGAAAUGUAAAUUAGAAUGAUAAGUAGGAAUCAAAAACUACACUUUGAAUAUUAAAUUAUCAUCAUGUUGAGAAAAAAAGCAAGUAUGACCACUUCUAUUAA